AUGAUCUUCUCCCAUCUCCCGAUAAUCUCCCUGGCCAAGUUGAUGGCCGUCUCCCGACAUUUCCAAGAUGCAGUGGAGCCCACACUAAAAUGCCAACUGCGAGCAAUGGUACAGCGCAGUGAUAUCAGGUUAAUGCUUCUCUGCGCCUGUCCCGACUCCGCACAAUCACGGGUCCGAUGUCAGUUCCUGCAGACCCCGGGAUUGGACACUAUCGAUGAAGAUUCCACGCCCCGAACAACAGCCUUACAUAGUAUCUAUCGUCCCGAAGCACUUUCACCCAACAGCGCCCCCGCCGGCCCACCCGUAGGAAGCAUCAUCCUCCUAUGCGGGGGAGAUGACCUGAUCCGUGCCCAAAUGGGCGAGGCGGGAUGCAAAGGCUUCGCAACGCGCCAAGUCACGUUGGAAGACUAUGAAAGUUUUAUCCAGCUACGAGUGAAGUUGAACCUAGUCAUUGCGGGUCAAGAGUAUUUUAUCGCUCCUGCAUUUGUCGUCCAUGAUGGGAUGAUUCGCAUUGAUCGGGCAUGGCUUGAGCGGAAUACAGAGGAGAUCAUUUGGAUGAACUCUGAAAAGUUGGUUGGCCUCAGAAUGCGGGCCGUGGAAAAGGAGGCGACUGAAGAUGAAGCCAAGUCAUUUGAUUUGGAAAUUCGAGAAUUGCAUGUUCGUUCAGCGCUGUUGCUCCAUAAUAUUCGAGAAGCGGAGGAGAACUUGGAUAAACAAGAGGUUAAUACAUGCACGCCCGAGACCCUAACUCCGCUCCGCCGGACGAGGGUUGCCUGCAAGGCGUGCAAUGCGAGGCGGGUCAAAUGCGAUGCUGGUGAUGGACAGCCAUGUUGGCAUUGCCGCAUGAGGCAAAUCAAGUGCGAAUUGAUUGAUUCAAAACGGGGAAAAUAUAUCAGGAAAACCCGGGAUACCCCCCGGACUCGGACUAAGGGGCCCCGACAAAUCCUUCGAGGUAGUGAGGCGCCUAGUGCACAGAGUUCCCAUAUAGACAGCCCCACUGAAACGCCGUAUGCUACUAUAUCACCCUCGACUCCGAGCGAUUGCAUCCCGGGACCUACUCCAGGCCCGGGCCAAAGCAACCGUGACGGGGUCGAAUCCCAGAAGAGCCAGCGAUUGCCUGCACAGCACAUCGGCGAUCGUUUACAAACGGAUUUUCCUGAGAGCUACACAAAUGAUUCAUCGACUCUCCAUUAUGUUAUCGAACUAAGUCAUAGGCCCGAGGGUGGCUCGACUGAGCCGCUAACGGUUCAUCACCCGAUCCCUGCAUCUAUAGCAGAUAGGCCAGGGAUGGAAACCAAUCAGCUUCAGACCCCAAUAUCUUUACAAGAGGCUCUGACACUGCCUACUCCGGAUAUUCUCCGUCGACUGAUCUAUACCUUUUUUGACAACAUUCAUCCUGCAUAUCCAGUAUUUGAUCGUGAGAAAUUCUCUCAGUCAUACUCGGCAGGCCAAACAUCUCCACUGGUUCUGCAAACAAUAUGCCUGCUAGGAUUUACAAUCGGAAGCGAUGAUUUGGUGGUGGCGGCCGGGUUUACAGACCGAGCCACAGCAAGAAAGACACAUUUUCUUCGUGCAAAGGCACUUUACGAUGCGGACUAUGAGACUGAUCGUAUGAAUCUUGCCGCGGUUCUGCUAUUAUUUGGAUUCUGGUGGGCUAGUUAUGAUGACCAGAAAGACUCCCGUGAUAGGCAUACCGCUGGGGCCUUUGGCCGACCGACCCGUAUAAGAGACGAAGACUGUGAUAUCGAAGCUCUUACAGAAGAGGAUUUUGAUUUCGAUACUGACUUCGACCAAAGCCUCAUACCAGCACAGAAAGACUACCACGUUUCAUAUGUCAUCGAAAUGGCCAAAUUAGCAGCCUUACUCGGCGAUAUCCUUUUGGGGGAAUUUAGUCCCCAACGGCCUGCGCCAGAAAAGUUCGAAACAAACACAUUGAUACGGAGACUGGAAGAAUGGGAAUCAGAGCUUCCGAAAAAGGUUCAAAUGAAAGCCCACGAAGGUUAUACGAAAGGGUCGUUUUGGGGUUGCAUGUUGCAAAUCUCAUAUCAGAAUUGUACGAUCUUACUAUUUCGACCGAAAUCCAUCAAAGAGGGAUUACCAGCUGAGGCUGAACGGGACUCUAGAGCUCGAGCAGCUGCGGAUUUCAUUACCCGUCUAGCUGAGGACCUUUUAGCCACCGGAAUGAUCCAUUCUGGCCUAAUUCAUAUGUAUGGUCAAGCUCAUUCAACAUUGUUCACUCUAAAUGACUCAACUGACAAUUAUCAGGGUUCCUGCCUUAUUCUCAGCAUUGUCGAUACAUACGCUCGUGAUAUGCCGGAAGGAAUCAAUCCAUCGCCAACUCGCCGAGAACAAAUCACGACAGUGCAUGCUGGCACUGAGCGUGAUAGCAAAGUCAUGGCCGGUCAGAAUCUGGAUCUCGAAGGCAUUCGUCAAUCUAAUGAAAAGGUUGACAGGGCAGGGGUCUAA